CUUAGUCAACAUCAUCCGCAUAGGCGCAUACUGACGAGCAACUCCGCGCUGGCAAAGAUUCCAUCUUUGUCCUUCUUCUCCUUUACUCUCUUCUUCUUUUCUUUUCUUUUCAGAGUCUGCCCUAAAUUUCAAUUCCUUCCACUCGCACCCAGUCGCCAUGCCUUUUUCUUAAUCACUCUCUUCUUCUGUGAUUGCUCCUCCACUAUACCAUAUUAUGUUAUCAUCAUAUCAUAAUAUAAUUCCUUUUCCUUUUUUUCUUUUUAAAAUAAAUAAAUAAUAUGGGGUGUACCACCUCCAAGAUCGAUGACCUGCCGGCGGUGGCGCUCUGUCGGGACCGCUGCGCCUUCCUUGACGAAGCUAUCCGUCAGCGCUACUCUCUCGCCGAGGCUCACCUCGCCUACCUUCAGUCUCUCCGUGCUAUUGGUGCCUCUCUCCAUCACUUCUUCGAUCAGGAUCUCGACGCUUUCCCCCCGGCCCCGGUUAUCACUCUCCCUUCUCACCGCAAAGGAGGAGGAGACCCACAACCUACUGCUGCUUCCCCUCCCCACAAACCACCCGCUGCAAUUUCCUCUCCUCCUCGCUCUAGCACCGGCUCCCACCUUCACUUCAUCUCCGAUUCCGAAGGUGAAGACGACUCCGCCUCUGGAUCUCUGCACCACCACUCACACAACGCCACCCCGCUUCAUCCCUAUGCUCACCUAAACUACGCCGCCGCCUCCGCGGAUCAUGAAUCCCUCGCCCUCGGUGGCCCCUACCCCGGAGCUUUUCUCGGUGCUACUACUGGAUUUACGCACAUGAAUUUCAUGAGGAACCAAGCCACGCCGUCAGUGACCUAUGAGCAACGGCCCUUCAGUCCUGACACUGUACGGGUGGGAGACGCCUCUUCUUCCUACUAUCCUUAUCCUUAUGCCAAUCCCCAAACCCCUUCCCACACUUAUCCCAAUCAUCAAACUAAUUAUUAUGCUGCGGCUUCUUUCUUCGAUUCUUCGCCUCCGGCACACUAUGGUUACUCAUCUCUCCCUACCCCUACGCCCGGGCCUGGCCCAUCAUCUUCAGCUUCGACUUCCAAACAACCUCCUCCUCCGCCUCCCCCCAGUAGCUCAGCUUGGGAUUUCUUGAAUCCUUUUGAGAAUUCUGACAAUUUUUAUCUUCCUUACACACCCAGCCGGGACUCGAGGGAAGUUAGAGAAGAAGAGGGGAUUCCUGAUUUGGAAGAUGAGGAUUUUGAGCAAGAGGUAGUGAAGGAAGUCCACGGAGACCAGAAAUUUGUGGACAUCGAACGCAGUGGUGGCAGCGAAGGAAGCUAUUCCAAGGCACCAGCAAAAGAUGAUGGUGAAAGACCAAAAGAUUCCGAGAAGGAACACCGGACCGGACCUAAUGUAUCUGUGGACAAUGAUCCAGUGGAAUACGAGGUGCAUGUGGUUGAUAAGAAAAUGGUUGGCGAGGCAGGGACAUCAGCUGCUCGCCCCAAGGCUCGCGGUGGUUUCAAGGGUGACUCUGAUGUUGUUAGGGAGAUUCAGGUUCAAUUUGAUCAAGCUUCAGAAGCUGGUGCUGAGCUUGCUAAGUUGCUUGAGGUUGGAAAGCUUCCCUAUAACCGUAAACAUGCCACGCAUCAAGUUUCUUCAAAGAUGUUUCGCACAAUUAUGCCUUCCUCGUCUUUGGAAUCAUCACAACCUUCUACAUCAAAUGCCACUCAGACUGAGAUGGCCAAUCGUGCUAUAUUAGAUGCAGAAGGAGAUGUCAGUUUUUUAAAGUCCAAAAACCUUUCUUCUACAUUACAGAAGCUGUACCUUUGGGAGAAAAAGCUGUAUGAAGAGGUUAAGGUUGAGGAGAGAAUGAGAGUACACCACGAGAGGAAAAGUAAAAAACUGAAGCGGCUAGAUGAAAAGGGUGCUGAGGCACACAAAAUCGAUGUGACAAGAAAUCUGGUCAGGAGCCUCUCAUCAAAAAUUAGAAUUGCAAUUCAGGUUGUUGAUAAGAUCUCUAUGACGAUAAAUAAACUGAGGGAUGAGGAGUUGUGGCCACUGAUUAAUGAAUUUAUACAAGGGUUAACCAGAAUGUGGAAAUCCAUGCUUGAGUGCCAUCAAAAUCAGUGCCAGGCUAUUGUGGAAGCUAAGCGGUUAGAUGCCAUUGCAUUGCACAAGCAGUCUACUGACACUCAUCUUGAUUCUACUUUACGACUUGAGCGUGAGCUUCUGAACUGGACAUUUAGAUUCUCUUGUUGGAUAGGUGCCCAGAAAGGUUAUGUGAAAGCACUGAAUAGCUGGCUCAUGAAAUGCCUUUUGUAUGUACCUGAAGAAACAGCUGAUGGAAUAGUUCCCUUUUCUCCUGGUAGGAUUGGUGCACCCCCUGUGUUUGUUGUUUGCAAUCACUGGUCACAAGCAUUGGAAAGAGUUUCUGAGAAAGAGGUUUUAGACAGCAUGUUAGCUUUUGCAAAAAGUGUUCUUGAGCUUUGGGAACGAGACAAGGUAGAAAUGCGGCAACGAAUGAUGUCCAGUAAGGAUACAGAAAGAAUAGUUAAGGACUUGGAUAGGGAAGAUCAGAAGAUACAAAAGGAGAUGCAGGCAUUAGAUAAAAGGUUAUUACUGGUGUCAGGGGAGGAAAAUGCUCUGUCAUUAAAUAGACAUGUUGUGUACCAGAGUGAUACGAGCAAAAGUAGUAGCCUUCAGGGUGGUCUACAGCAUAUAUUUGAAGCUAUGGAAAGAUUUACUGCCAACUCCUUGAAAGUGUAUGAGGAGCUGUUGCAACGCAUUGAAGAGGAUAAUCUUUCAAGAGCACAUGAACAAGUGUCAUAGCUGCCCACUCUUUGUGGUUGAGGAAGUGAAAGUGAAAGAGUGUCUUCACUUGAAGAAGCUAUUGAAGUUUGAUAGGGGGGAAUCAGGGAAAGGAAUAUCAAACUCUCUGUUGCCUUUUUCCUUCCCUUGGUUGUAAUGUGCACAGGAGGCCGCCCAAGGGGUGUAAAUGUAUUUGAUGGCAGUAAUUGCUGGAUGGCAAGGCAGGCAGGCAGGCAGGCAUUGGAGAGUUAUGGGUAAAUUUUGCAUUUAGGGUUAAGCUUGGGUGGGCACAGUGGGUGUUUGGUGACGCAAGUCAUGAAUUGCCACUUUACCUGAGCAAGCUGAUACUCUCUAGCUAUGGGAUAUGAAAUGUAUCAUUAACUAAUUUGUUGUACAGGAAUUAUUAUUAUUA